GUAGGCGCACGUGCUGUUCAUGUGGAUUGUUCACUGCCAGUAGAAGUUCUUGCGAGCCGGCUCAGCGCCGUAUUAACAGGUGCUGUUACAGGUGCUUCCAGUGAAGAGCUGCACCUGUUCCACUUCGAUCGUGAAAUUGAGCGAUGGCGAAGAUCGCGGACGGCGUGGAUCCUGUAGCGGCGCUUGGAGCCGCGCAGUUGCUCACAAGGCCUGCCUCCGAGUUCGGCAAUGAUCCCACGGUCGAGUCCUUGUGGGCGAUCAAAGCUGUGGAACACAUGGAGGUAUAUUUUAACCUAAUCAGUGCCGUCGAUCCCAAAAUCCUGAAAUUGACACCACACGACGAAGACAUCUAUAAGGCAUUCAGGGAGCGCUUCCCGAACUUGGAUGUCAAGCGUCUUGUGGAGUCGGAAAUAAAAAGCGAAGAGUCCAAGAAGGAGUGGAGGGAGUUCUGCAUGAAGUUCGAGAACGUCGUGGAGGACUUCAACUUCGCCACUCUUGUUCGACUGGACAGCGAGCGGGACUACGCGGAGGAAAACACGACGCUCGUCCCGAGGGUCCAGUUCUACGCUAUUGAAAUUGCGCGGAAUAGGGAAGGGUUCAACGACGCCGUCAGAAAAAACUAUCCUCCAAAACCUCGUCCGCAGAAGCAGUGA